AUGGCCCAGGCCCUGUCUCUCCCCAACCCCCCCUUCCAUGAAGAAGAGGACAUGGGCGCCACUGAGCGCGCACGGGCCCUGCAAUCCACGCGGAGGCUGAGCAUGUACCCCAACAUCCUUGAGCUCCUGACAGUGUGUUCCAGCUUUGAUGAGUUGGAGCUGGACUACCGGCACACGAUUUCAGAUAACCUGAAAAUAGGUUUUGGGAUCUCAGAUCAUGCUACUCAAACAGAUACAAGUGAAAUAGGAGAUAUAAAGGUCUUUAUAGAAACGACAAGAAUUUUAUUAAAGUUCACAAACACGCUCUACAAUGAUUUUGCUAUGUACCAAAAGAUCCUUAAAGCGCAGUAUGAGGAAAGAAUACAGGAAGAGGCAACCAAGCUCUGGCUAGCCAUAAAUGACAGGCUAAAAUACAUUGACGACUUUUACAAGCAGAAAGAGCUGAAAAUGCGAUAUAGCUACCAGCAACAACUAUGUGAUGCACUUGCAAUUCUCAAAACAAACUAUACAAAAUAUUUCUUACUUGACCCAUCUGAAGAAGGUGGAGAAACCGUACUUUCAAAGCUACAGAUACUGAGGGGCAAGCUUGAGGAGCAGGCUGCUACAAUUGAAAGUUUGGAGGCAGAGGUAACAAGGCUUAAACAAACGUCCCCUGAAAAGGUCGUACAUGAUUUAGUGAUUGAAAAAGAGUUGCUUCAGCAAGCAAACUCGGAGUUGAAAGGAGAAAACGCUAACCUGCUUGACAAGCUUAAACGCGCUCAAGAAGUUAUAAAACUCAAAGCGAAAGAAAUGUCUAAUUUAGAGGCUGAAAUAAAACAUAUGCAGGACAAAAGGCAAAACGAUAUGAAGACAAUCGAGAAGCUUCAGAACACUCAAGAAAUCAUGAAACUGGAACUUGAUAGGGAGAAGCAGAGAGUUCUAGCUAAAGCUCUGGAAGUAAAAGAAGCACAAGAAGCUGUAAAAAUGGUACAGGCUGCUGCUGCCGCUGCUGCUGAACCAAAGGUGCCCUCAAUGCAAGAAGGAAAGAUAGCAAAGAAGGGAAAGAAAGGACUGAAAGGGAAAGUAGUAAAAGCUGCUGCUGCCUUUGCUGCCACCGCCACCAAAGAGGCCAGACAAGCUGCUGCAAAAGAAGCAGAAUUGUUGGAAGAUGAGAAAAAAGCCUUACAAGAAGAGAUAAAGAGGCUUAGAAAAUCUGAACGAGAUGCCAAGCUGCGCGUAAAGAGACUUGAACAGGAGUUGAGUAAAUCGAGUCGAUCUUGGGAAAUGAAGUUCGAAAUUCUAAAGAAAAGCCUACAUGCCAUUAAGGACGAGAUGUUUCUUAGACAAUCAUUGCGUCAAUCAGCAAAAUUUAGACACCCUUCACUGGCUGAUAAGACAGCCCCUCCUCUACACAUCCAGCACCCUACAGGCAAAAUGUCUUCAUUUUCGAGCAGCUUGUAUAUGCAGUAUGCUCCUCUGCCCAAGAUAGGUUCUCAGCCAGAUUCAGGUUCAAAUGAAGACGAAGAAGGCAUGGAUACUGAGAAAAUUCCAGUUCUGAUUAAAAUUCCUAGCGCUUUUGAAGCUGCUUCAGAGUCCGCGGAUGAGGAAGAGUUUGAGCAAUUGCCUUCAUCCCCUUCAUCUGUACGCUGAUAGCUGGGAUAAGAGCCACCUGUG